GAGAGAGUUGAGGCGCAGUAUCACACCUCCAGCGCUUGCAGUGGGAAGUGGUUUGCGGGAGGCGGCUCCGUUACUCGGGCGGCGGUGGCGGCUGUAGUAGUAGCAGCAGCAGCAGCCCAGCAGCAGCAGCAGCAGCAGCAAGAACAGCCACAACCUUGUUCGCACCCUCGGAGGCCGGAGCUGCAGCAGGGACGGUGGUUACAGCGUUAGUGCAGCAGGCUCCCCACCGAAGCGGCAUCAGCAGCCUCAUUCGUUCCUCCGUUCCUCUCUCCCCUCUCACGCACAAUGGCUGAUCAGCUGACUGAGGAGCAGAUCGCUGAAUUCAAGGAAGCUUUCUCCCUAUUUGACAAAGACGGCGAUGGCACCAUCACGACAAAAGAACUUGGAACUGUCAUGAGGUCAUUGGGUCAAAAUCCAACAGAAGCAGAAUUACAGGAUAUGAUCAAUGAGGUGGAUGCUGAUGGUAAUGGCACUAUUGACUUUCCUGAAUUUUUGACCAUGAUGGCUAGAAAAAUGAAAGAUACAGACAGUGAAGAAGAAAUCCGUGAGGCAUUCCGAGUCUUUGACAAGGAUGGCAAUGGUUACAUCAGUGCAGCAGAACUACGUCAUGUAAUGACAAACUUAGGAGAAAAACUAACAGAUGAAGAAGUAGAUGAAAUGAUCAGAGAAGCAGAUAUUGAUGGAGAUGGACAAGUCAACUAUGAAGAAUUCGUACAGAUGAUGACUGCAAAAUGAAGACCUCCUCUCACCUUUUUCCCCCCUCUAGAUGAAUCAAAUUGAAUCUUUUACUUACCUCUUGCAAAAAAAAAGUUCAUUUAUUCAUUCUGUUUCUGUAUAGCAAAACUGAAUGUCAAAAGUACCUUCUGUCCACAAAAAAAAAAAAUCUGCAUGUAUUGGUUGGUGGUCCUGUCCCCAAAAGAUCAAGUUACACAUCAAUUUUACAAUAUAAGUACUUGUACUACUACCUUAAAUGAUAAGGAAGCACUUAGUGGACUCUUCAAGUUCCAUUUGCUAAUGAUUAUUACACUGUUUGGGCUGGCCAGUUUUUCAUGCAUGCAGCUUGACAAUUGAGCACAGUCAGACAUUUGUAUUAAAAAAAAAAAGAAAAAAAAGAAAAAGAAAAAAAACAAAAUUAAAAAAUGUACCCAUGUGGGUUAUCUAGUUCAAUUUGUUAGUAUAAAUUGUCAUAGCUGGUUUACUUUAAAAAAAAAAGUAAAUACAAUAAAGUAAAAUUGGUUUACCUCAGGAUGGUAUGCAGCAAAAUGGUUGAAGGAUGCAGAAUUUCAAGAUGUAGCCCUAAUGGUGGUUCUUCUGUACUUAAGUGUGCUCCAAACCCCAAUGGUGAUCUCAAACUCUGGAUGGCAUGUCUGUGUUUCUGUUGGUUUAGCAUUGUCUGCAUUGCACUAUAGUGAAAACGGAUGUCAGGCUCUUACCAUUCACACAAAAUUUUUGAAAAGAAACCUUCACCAAGGGAGCAUCUUUGGACUCUCUAUUUUUAAAACCUUCUGUACCAUGACUUGGAGCCGGCAGAGUAGGCUGUGGACUUCAGCACAACUAUCAACAUCGCUGUUCAAGAUAUUACAAUUUAUGUCCAUUCCAAGUUGUAAAUGCUAGUCUUUUUUUUUUCCAAUAAAAGACCAUUAACUUAAAGUGGUGUUUAAAUGCUUUGUAAAGCUGAAAUUUAAAUUGGGACAGGGCAGCUGAGGGCUGGGGGCAUUGGGGGAGGAGGGGAAGUAUUGUGCUGGCAGACCAGUAUGUAUUCAAAUACCCAGACCUCUGGGUUUCCCCCCCCCCUCCAGGUAGUAAGAACUAAUCUCUGAGUCCUAAGAUAUUUAUUAGAGACAAACAUACUGAUCGGCUUUUCUUUUUCCAUAUGAUAAAAAUGUAAGCCGAGUUGGUCUUUUUAUUGUUAACAGUGAUCAUUUCAGAAUGGCCUGAAGAAGAAACAACUCUUCUCUAAAGCAUGUACCUGGGAUUCUUUUAAAACAUGCUGCUGAUAACCUGCUUUAUGUAACUUACUGACACCAUCUAUGGGAAAGGCAUGAUUCACGAUUUAGUAUGGCAAUGUAACUCAAUCCUUGCUGUGUGUCAUAGAAGCAGUAGGCCACUUUUCUAAAUCGAUCUCUUCAUGCCUAAAAGACUACCUUUCACCAUGCAACUUACAAGUAACUUACACAUGCUAUUCACAUAGCGUCUUGUUUGGAUUUCUUCUCUUUUCCUCCCUUCCCCCAAUUCUCCCUUCUCCACAUGUUCUACCUUUCUACUUUAUUUCCAAAUAGAACUGUGCCCUCUGUGUGUAUGCUAGUUCACAGCUUGUAAGUAGAACUCCAGCCUGGAGUGAAUUUUGUGUCUAAUUAUAAACCCUGUAACCAAAACUAUUAGAAAGUGCUGACACCAACCUUUGUGAUGGCAUCAGCUCAUACUAAAAAAAAAGUCACUUUAAACCCAUGUUGCAUUAAGUGGGCCACACUUUGUAGGAAGCUGGAUUUUUCUAUGUGUUAAAUUAGUUCUAUCCAAUUAGUACAUUUAUAGAUUCUGAGUUCCUGAGUAUUUAUUGAGUUUAUUUGUCUGGGGCAUGAUGGGAUGCUGCUAGGGAAAUCUGAGAUUGAGUCUGCUACUUUGCAGCUAACUAAUGUAUGAAGAGGCUGAUCCCUGAGGCAUUUUGCAGCUUUUGCUAAUGUUUCUGCCAGAGGAUGGUUAGGAGCAGUGAGGUGUGGCAAAACUCAGAUCAGUUUUUUGCUUUUGAUGUUUUGGUUUUUUGGUGGCUGAAAAUUAGUGACCAGCUUAAGGUUUGGAGAGACUAUAAGUUUUAGUUGUCCCUGUUAUGUUACUGAACCCAUGAGCAUUAAAUAUCACUGCUUUCUCCAUAACGUGGAGAAAAAUCCAUAUUUGGGCAGGUGAUUAGGCAGGAUUAGACUUCAGAUCCACUUCUAGUGCAGGGGUUUUCCCCACACUGGUAUUGCUACUGGAAUGGCUCUAGCUAGGAAUUUUAAUAACUUGGUAGAUUAUGAUGUUUCUGGACUGUAUGUGUGUGUGUAUGUGUAUAUGGGGGAAGAGAGAGGCAUAAAAUAGCCUGAUUUUUGGCUUAGUCUCUGGUUUUAAACCUGUGAUAAGGCGACUUAAAAAUGCCUCAGUCAAUGACUUCUUGAUGUUUUAACAGAGAUGACUUUAAAAAAAAAAGCAAAUCACAAGCCUUUCCAACUCAUCUUUCUCCACCUAGCCCUUUUCUUAAUGCUAAUGGGGCUUUUUGAUUCAAAUACUAACAGUCUAUCUGAACCGAAUAUCUAGGAAACUUGAUUUUUUAGCUUUAGGGUUCUUUUGAGAAGUUAGCAUCCUGUUCCAGACCCAGGCACCUUCCCCAAAGAAUGUCUACCAAUAAUAAAUGUGCAGAAGUGAAGAAAAAAGCUGGUGAGAAGUAGGCAAAGGUAAGGUCGUCUUUUUCCUUCCUGGUGUUUGGGUAGAGAGAAAAGAACCAAUUUUUUUUUUUGGUCAGGAUCAAGUGUUUGGUGUAAACAGAAACUGGAUAUGGUGAAUGUUUUAGAGUGAGUGUUAGUUGUAAGCUAGUGAUAUUGCUCCUGGAUUUGUUAGCACUUCCCAACUACUUUUGCCCCUAACCCUUCCUGCUUUAUAAAUAUAUGCAUAUAUUUAUAUAUAUAAAGUCACUAGUAUAACUGGCAUCCUGCUUUAGCCUAAGACUCGUCAUAAAACCACUCAGUACUUGGCAAACACUUUCUCAUGGUUUUGUUCUCCAUCUGUUUGGGGGUAGGUGUUGAGAGAGAGGCAAACAUAUCUUGAUGUUUCAGAUGGGUUUUUGAUGCACUAUUGCCAAGGAAGGUUUUUUCUGAUUUUCUGACAAAUGAAUUUUUUGCACACACUUUAAUUGGUGUCUUUCAGCAACCUAAAACAUUGAAAAUUAGCUACUGUACAUAUUUUUAUAUUCUCUUUAUAAAAUGCAUGUUUGGUUGUAUUUGUAAUAAUAUUGUAAUGGCUGUGCAGUAGGCUUAGAGUUGAUGUAUUUUGUGUCAAAGCAGUAGCAAAUGAUCCACUCAACAUACUGGGAAUAUAUUCCUAAUCAAAGAAUGUAAAUCUGGUCAAGCCUGUCUUUAUUCAAUUAUUAUUUUAAAAAUUUGACUUUACUGUGCAGCCCCCAAACGCUUGCUCAUCCUUUGACAGCAAGUUUCCACUAUUUUGUCUUAAUCUGUCCCUUCAGCUAGCAAUUUUUAUCCCCUUGAGAUUGACUUCAGGAGACUACAUGCUUUCUCCCAUAUGUAUCUCUGCAGUGGAAGGUAGUGAAAUGUGUGGAGUAGUGUUUUCCCCUCCCCCAAAUUCAGUAUUAUAUUCAUUAAACACUUCUGUAGCAAAGCUCAUAGUAGUUCUUUUGUUACCAAAGUUGCCCUUCAUGACGGCUUUUUGGAAAAGGUGUUGAAAGUUUCUGUAACAGAUCAAAAUGUGUGGAGGUUUAGCCACCUCUUUGAUGGGGGACCAACUUAUGGAAAUAUUGUAAAUAAGUUUAUUUAUAAACCUGACACUGUAUUCAAUAAACAUUUCUGCAGCCUUUCAUCUCUAA